CUGGUUGUAGGGGGGUUUGUUCGGCAUUCGUGAUCCGAGCUGCAGUCUUCGCUGGUUUCUGCAAGUCUCGCGAGAAACAACGAGUUUGACAGACGUUUUAAGAAUUUGAUAAUGUACAGUACGGACUUUCUUUACGUCCCCAACGUGGAAGCGAAUAGGGAAACUCCUAAUUAACGUCAGGGAUGGUUGAGCAGCAGCUCGUUCGGGCGCUAGGACCCUGCAGAGCAGCUGCCUCGAGCUCUCGACCAGCGGUGUGUGCCGACUGUAUGGUGGCCGACGCUCUCACUCACUCAUGGGCCUGCGGUGCAGAACCAUCAGGCUCACAUGGACGGCGCCAGAAGAGGAAGAGAAGAACCCAGCGGCACCAAAUCCAUGGAGGUGUUGGUGAGUGAGCUCGGCAUCCUGCUGAAGAUGCUGGACCAGGAGAGCCUCAGCUCCUCCACGGAGGAGAAGAAGACCUCCGUGUGGAACCUCCUGCAGCAGAUCCAGCCGUCAGGUUCAGGAGCGGACUUCAUCUACAUGAACUCCUCGGUGUUCAGGACCGGGACGAGCUUCGUGGAGUCGCUGUUCGACACCUUCGACUGCGAGCUCGGAGACCUCAAAGAGGUUUCAGAUGAUCUGAAAGAAGACAAGAACACACAGCAGAACGGAGCCGCCUCGCUGCCGCCGCCCCCCCGCCCGGCCAACUCCCCCCCCCCUCUGCCCACGACGCCUCCUCCAGAGGACCACUACGAGGAGGCGGCGCCCCUGGGUCCGGGCGCGUUGCCCGAGUACAUCGUCACGCGAGUCCGGCCGAGCCCCCCCAACUCUAUCGAGGACGGGUACGAAGACGCUGAGAACAACUACCACACUACCUCCAUCAACACGCACCGCAAAAACUCAUACAACGACUCCGACGCUCUGAGCAGCUCCUACGAGUCCUACGAGGAAGACGAGGAGGAGAGGAGCCCCGGCGCCCGGCUCACGCACCAGUGGCCGUCGGACGAGAGCUCCAUGCCGCCGGCCCGAGACUGUCGCAUCUGCGCCUUCCUGUUGCGCAAGAAGCGCUUCGGCCAAUGGGCCAAGCAGCUCACGGUCAUCCGGGAGAACCGGCUGCAGUGCUAUAAGAGCUCUAAGGACCCGCGGCCCUCCGUGGAGCUGCUGCUGCCGAGCUGCGCCGUGGUUUACGCGCCCAAAGACGCCAAGAGGAAGCAGCACGAGCUGCGCUUCACGCCGCCGGGCGGAGACGCUCUGGUGCUCGCCGUGCAGAGCGAGGAGCAGGCGCACCGCUGGCUCGGGGUCGUCAGAGAGGUCAGCGGGCAGAGCGCCGCGCCCGAGGAACCUGCGUCUCCGAUAAUUCCCAGAAAGAUGGAACUCGACAAGAGGCUCUCGGCGGACAGGAACGCGUCGGACUCGGACAGCGUCGGCGUGUCGACGGUGGAGAGCGGCCGAGAGAACGGUAAAGUGAGGCGAGGCGCGUUCGCCGCCGGCCGUAAGAUCACACGCAUCAUCAGCUUCUCCAAGAAGAAGCCCCCCCGACCGGGAGAACCCCGCGCCUCCUACGCCGACCCCCGCCAAGGCUACGUGUCGGUGCUGGUGAACCAGGUGUGGCGUGAGCGUUGGUGCAGCGUGAGCGGCGGCCUCCUCGCCGUGUACCGGGAGCGAGGAGACGCGCGGCCGCUCCUGCCGGCGCUGCCGCUCCGCGGCUGCGAGGUGGCGCCGGGCCUCGGACCCAAACACCCCUUCGCCUUCCGGAUCCUACGCAACGGCUCGCCGCUCGCCGCCCUGGAGGCCGGCAGCUCGGAGGAGCUGGGCCGGUGGCUCGGCGUCCUGCUGGCGGAGACGGGCUGCGCCGCCGACCCCGAGUCGCUGCACUACGACUACGUGGACGUGGAGACCAUCGCGAACAUCCGCGACGCCGCGCGCCACUCCUUCCUCUGGGCCACGUCCUCCAGCAGCUGCUCUGACUCCAGGACGUACGACGAGGUCCCUCAGGAGGAGGAGACGAGUGACAAGAGGUCAAGAGGUCAAGAGUCUGGGAAUCAAGGGAAGCGGCGCUCCAGCUUCUCCAGCAGCGACUCGGACCGACCCAAACCGUCAGCCUCCCUCAAGCGGACCGGCUCCAACGCCAACCAGUACGGCCGGUAUGGGAAAACGCGAGCCGAGGAGGACGCCAAGCACUACUCGAACCAGAAGGAGGAGCUGGAGAGGGAGAGGGACGGGGUCCGGAACGCUCUGGUGACGCUCCGGAAGGAGAAGAGGGAGCUGAAGGAGGGGCUGAAGAUGGCUUCUGAGAGGAGGAGGUCGUCCCUGAGCCAGCGCGUGGCCCAGCUGGAGGACGCCUGUCGGGCCCGGGAGGCGGAGCGGGUGGAGCUGGAGCUGCGGAUGACCCGGGUCCAGGAGAACCUCACGGCCAGCCUGGCAGGCGGAGCGCUGGGCGCACCGGCGGAGGCCAAAGCCCCGGGGAAGGCCUCCGGCAAAAAGACGCAGAACAUCUACAGCGACUCUCUGCCCGUGAACUGCGCGGCGGAGAUGCGCCGCAGGCCUCUGUCGGUGUACGCGUCCUCGGGAACCGUCAUGCAGAAGGCAAAGGAAUGGGAGUCAAAGAAAAAGACCUAAGAGCAUCAUGGAGGAAGAAGGACUGGAGGAAGAAGGACUGGAGGAAGAAGGACUGGAGGAAGAAGGACUGGAGGAGGAAGGACUGGAGGAAGAAGGACUGUUGGUCAGCCCGACCAAUCACAUCACACAUCACAGACUUCUACUGAUGAAGAAGAACUGUAAUGCACGACAUCAGCCACUAGGUGGAGGUACAGCUCACGACAUGUAUUUACUCCACUGUCUUCCGAAAAGGACUUAACGUGAGGAAGGACUCGCUGUCUCUGGUGACUCUUAUUCAAACAGGAAAGAGACACUAGGAAGAUGUUUAGAAAAGCACAUUGCAUGUUGUUGUUGUUGUGGAAAGGCAACCAGGGAAUUUUUUUGUUGUUGUUGUUGUGUACGGUGAAAUGUUUAAUUGUUACGGUGCCGUGUGAGAAAUGUGACGCGUUUGGGGAAUAAGUGGACGGAGGUAUAGUUUCAGCCACAAUGGGCCUUUUUUUUGUAUGUUUUUUCUUGUGCCUGUACAGAAACGACGACUCUGACUCUGUUUUAUACUUUUAUACGUUGGUUCCUCGUCCUCGUCGGUCGUACCUGUCGCAGGUAUUCAGUCGUGUGGCAUGGAGUGUGAACAUGAGCGUCUCCUCUCAGGCUGAAGCUGCGCUCCACGAAACAUCUGCUGUAACGUUCCACGUCCACGCAAACCGUGUUCCCCGUGAUCGACUCUCUACUGCCCCCUGUGGUCGACUCGUGCACUUUACUGUCCUCGCGCCCGGAUGAGGGAAUAAUAAACGUCUCAUUCUCA